CAUUUGCAGUGCUUCCAUUCAGUUGGAUUUGCAUUACUACCCAUGAUCAUUGGUUGCUAUUACAUGUGUCUGAGUCGUGGCCUUGUAUACUAAUAAUCUCUGCACGAGUCACAUAAGUCACGCAGCGGGCGGGCCACUGCAGCUAACUACGUUCACUAUCGUUUUCUUGUUUCUUCAUGGAGGUGGUAAACGCUCGGGCAGCCCUGUUGUCAAAUUUUGAAGUACUAUCCUUAUUACGGGAACUCGAGAGUGACCAUCUCGCCCGCACGAAAACUGCCUUGCGAAUAAAAAAAGAGGAGGAAGCUGCUGGUGUUAUUUCUUCCAUCAUACCAGGGGAGAAACACCCAAGCAAUGUCGAAGUCAUUCAUAACCUGCGGACAAUCGAAGUUGAGGCGAUUCAAUACCUAUCUGCAGAAUAUCAACCCACAAAGUCCCAGACGGAGCAAGGCAUCACACAGCUGGUAAAAGACCUCGAAAAGUAUGCCUUGACAAAGGCAGAGAAAUUGCAGGUGGUGAAUCUCGCGCCAACGAUACCUGUGGAACUUUACGUGAUCGUAGAGGAGCUCGAAGAUCGGUUAGGAGAAUCCAUGGAAGAAAUUCUCAUUAAUGUUCGGUCUUCGUUAUCUUCGCCGAACACGACGACGCAGAUGAAUUCAUAUCCAUCUGCUGUCCAUGAGGAAUUUGAGCGAGUAAAUGAGGAGGACACGUCGUUCUGGGAUGCUGAAGGUGACGUCGAUACUGAUAUACAGUUUGAUGACAGGGGAGAAGGUGUUGGGGUCGAGGGCGACCUCGAUGUCGAAGAUGAUUGAGUUGGGAUUUCUCUGUACCAGUUAGACAAGCAUCUAUCCCAUUUUCUCUUUAAUAUGUAAUACAACAUAACACGCGUCCUCGCCAAGUCCUUGCAUCAAGAAAAGAUGAAAGU